GUCUACGUGCGCGCUCCUAUCGCACACAAUAAUGUCUCGUUGCGAGUAGCGAUCGAUCAGGGUGAGCGUGUCAUUUGUUUCUUUGCUUCCUGUAUUUUUGGUUGUCAGCUUAAACAAAGCGUCUCGUAACGCAUAUGUGAGUUUUAGAUAACCCCGGGUCUACUUAGUUUAGAUAAGCUACACUCACGCCGUUGACGAUCUUCACUGGACGCAGGCUCCUCGAUGUGGGCCUCCUGCUGUAACUGGCUGUGUCUGGACGCACAGCCCGUGGAGGAGGAAAGGGGGCGCAGCCAGCGGCAGGCCUACACCAACUCGGGGUUCAGAGCCUCGCCCCCACGCCCCACUCCGGAGCACACCUGCAAGGCCUGCGGGAGCCACUUCAGCACCAGCUCCAGGAAGCACGUGUGCAUGGACUGUAAGAAGAGUUUCUGUGGCAGCUGCUCGGUGCAGCCUGCCCUGAGUCCCCGCAUGUGCCUCAGCUGCCAGCGGUGCUGUGGCACAGCGUUCUUGCGCACCGAGCUCAUGAAGCUCAAGGUGAAGGAGCUGCGAGACUACCUGCACCUGCACGAGGUCUCCACAGAGCUGUGCCGCGAGAAGGAGGACCUGGUGGAGCUGGUCCUGGGGCAGCACACUCCUCCCGCCAGCCAGGGGCCCAACCCCCCUGCCACCGGGGCCACGCAGGCCACCUCCCAGGGGGGCCCCUCCCCUCACACAGAACCUGCUGCGGAGCCACUCGCUGAGGAAGGCCAGCAGAACCUGGCUGCAGCGAUUCCCCCCAGCCAAGAGGGGGAGACACCUGCCUCUGGGAGUGGCGCAGAGGCCCAGGAGCAGGAGGAGGGGGAGACACAGUCCUCAGAUACGGAGGAGCCCCUCCCCCCGGGCCGCCGCGCCUCGCUGUCCGAUCUCAAGGAGCUGGAGGACAUCGACGCUCUCACCGUGAGGCAGCUCAAGGAGAUUCUGGCACGCAACUUCGUCAACUACAAGGGCUGCUGUGAGAAAUGGGAGCUCAUGGAAAGAGUGACCAGGCUUUACAAUGAGCAGAAGGAGCUGCAGGACUUGGUUGCAAGUAAUGGAGCUAACCGAGACACAGCUGCCCCCCCUGGCUCGGAGGAGAACCUGUGUAAAAUCUGCAUGGACAGUCCCAUAGACUGCGUCCUCCUGGAGUGUGGACACAUGGUCACCUGCACCAAGUGUGGGAAGCGCAUGAGCGAGUGCCCCAUCUGCAGGCAGUACGUGGUCAGAGCUGUGCAUGUCUUCAAGUCCUGAUAGUCACAGGACAGCCGUGUCAGGACAGCCUUAAAGGAACCAGGCACACCAUCUCUCUGUCUAUCUAUCUAUCUAUCUAUCUAUCUAUCUAUCUAUCUAUCUAUCUAUCUAUCUUUGAAAACCAAAGGUUUCUCUUCUUUUACAACUGCUCCCAUUGGAAAAGCACUGGGACUUGGAGAGAGUCUCCCUGUGAUGCUUCAUAUCAGCAGGGACUGAAACUGCGAUUCAGAUCUCUGAAUAAUCCUUCUUCACGCCCCCAGUCUCACGUUUUAAUGGAAGAGGAAACUCCCAGGCUGAAGUUGCAAUCCACAAUAUCUUCAUGGUUUUUUUUAUUUAUUUAUUUAUUUUUAGCUGAAAAGACACGUGUUCUCCCUGUCUUCCCUUGGUAGGGGAAGCCCAGGAUCAGUUUGAUUUCAGGAGGAGAACUUUUGCAAUAAUGAGUGUUUUUUUUUAUAAUUUUAAAGACCAGUUUUUGGUUAGGCUACGCAGGUAUAACACAGAGGCUAUCCUUUAUUUUCUCUGUGUUACAUCCUUCAGUCAGGCAUGGGAUCUACCAGCUGGCCUAAGCCUGAAACAUGUGCCUCGUCAAAGGCUCUUCAACAUCACUAGCAGAGCUUUUACCAUGUCCUAAUUCAGUAUCAGUAAAAGGGAACAUGAUCGCUGAGGCCAGUCAUCCCCUUAAACUCCACAUUAGAAUCCAAUGAUGGUUAGACAUUUCUUUUUCCUUUUUAGUUUAUUUGUAUUCGUUAUUUAAAGCAGUAGUCAUGGCUUGUCGUGGUCACAAUAUAUUCUGACUGCUAUUCAGAGGGUGGUUUUAAAAAGAUUUUGCUGAAUGCUGGAUCAAAUACUAACCUGAGCAUUUUACAGUGUUUACAUGCUUAAGCACAUAGUCUAACAGAAUGUAUUGCAUACAGUGUGCCUUAUAGCAUGGAGAUCGCUGACUGUGUUGAUGUGUUACUCGCUGAGUUUGGGCGUUUCUGUGACACAGUACAGUAGAGAUUAAACUACAGAGGUCAUACAGGAACAAAGCUCUCUCAGUGAGGAAGAACUACAUACCGUUCCUGCGUAUCAGCAAAUACAUCUAGAUCAUCUUGAAUAUUUAAAGCCAGACUGGUUUCUUACUCACUCAGGAUACAACUCAAGAACUUUGUGUUCAAGUGUUUUAUUUUGUUUUUAUUUGUUUGUUUUGUAUCUUUUUUUAAGAGAAUGCUUCAAGUUAAUAAACUACUGAACAGUGCUUCAGCUGUGCUUGCUUAGCAGGAUUGGAAUUUAAGGACAUACCUAAACCAGUUGGUAUGUGCCCUUACUGGUUUCAGGGAACCAAUCGGUGCCUAUUUCUUAGCCAUGUCAUUUAGGGUCCUGGCAAUUCCGAUGCAGUUAAAGGGGAAGCUUUAGAUAUCUUUUAUAAUAAAAUCCUCCUUCUAGUAAAUUUAAUCUCUACUAAAUUUUGCAUUUUGCAACACUAAGCUGUAAAUGCUCAAUAGUGAAAAUGAAUUUGGUUGUGUAGUUACAAAUGUUUCGAUAUUUUUUUUAAUUCCCUUUCCAACCCAGCAUCCUCUGUAGAGACUCCCCAGUUUUCCUCAUCGCUGUCUCUGAAUUGCAUAUGGAUCCGUCGGUUUUUCGUAAUUCAGCAAUUACAAUGCUCGCUGUGGUGAAGUUGGCUGUUAUUAAACCAGGAUGCCGAAUGUAAUACAGAUUGUGGCUGCAGUUCUCUGUAUGCAGUGAGGUGGAGAGGAAACUCGACAGAUGACACAAAUUAGCUGCAAUGGCUCAAAUAUAUCAUUUCAUUUAGCAAUGCUUUGCUAAUUCAUGGGAGACAUUAUAAUAUGGCAAUUUAGGCUUGUGGCUGCAUGGUUGGUGCAGACUGGGGCAGGAAAUCCUGAACACAUGGUGUUGAGUUGAGGUGGGCUGGACCCCCAUGUGCCUCACAAUACAAAUCUGGACUAUCUUGCGUAGAUAGUUUUAUUGUAUUUUCAUAGCAGAGGCUAUUGGCUUCACGUAAGCUGCCUUCAAAGUAAAUGCCCUGAUGCUCGUAUGUGUGGAGCGAUCCAGCUUUUGUAUUUUAAACUAUUUUUCUUAUAUGAGGGUGUAUGAAAAUUCGAAUGCUAAAAAAUCAUCUGCAAACAAUUUCAUUUUGAGAUGUAUUCGUUAAGAAAGAAUAUUGAUUUAUGAGAUGUAAAUGCUGACUUUGAGGAGUGUAUAUAAUGUAUAUAGGGGGACACAGCACACACAUGACUGGUGUUUGCGAACGUCAUCCAGUUAACCAUGUUAUUGAAAGGUUACACUGGAGCUGAUAGGGAGUGUGUUCAGCCUGCAGUACCAAUAAUGCACAGAUGUGGAGGUACUCCACUCGGGGAACCUGCAAGUUAAUCCACCUUUACUUCUGCAUACUUGUCUAUCAGUAAAAAUUCAGUCAGCAAAACGUUCAGUGGAUGGGUUGUUUCUGAUGUUAAAAAUCUCCACCAUCUAAUUACUGCUGGGGUGAUAACACCAUUUUCAUUUUCUGUUUAUUUUAUGUACAGAUAUUCAUAUAAAAUACAUGAAAUCCAACACUCCGUAGUAUUUCAUUUCUUUAGGAACAGCAGCCUAUGCUAUAUAUGUUAACGUAUGCUGUGUGGGGACUCGCUGCGGAGAGGAGAAAAAAGAUAAUUGGACAUUCCAAACUGGGGAGAAAAAUAAAUACAAAUAAUAAUUGGUCACUCAAAAAGAAAAAUAAUAAUAAUAAUGUGCAUAAUAAUGAAGUGCUAAUUGAAUAUCUGCUUGUAUCUAGAAAUGCAGUGGUGUUUCUGCAUGUGGCCGUGCUUUUCUUUGUAUUCCUGUGUUGCAGGGAAGUGGAGUAAGCCUCCCCAAUCCUUUGAAGGGAUAAUGCUUGUGAAUUGAAGAAGCAUGUGUACAUCAAGUCUGAUUAAUUAAUGAAAAAGGAUGAGUGUCGGGCUCUAUCUGAUCCACAACAGGAACAAUGCGUACAGCUAUUUGGCUAAUGCCUUCCUCUGUGUGUUUACAUUGCAUUAUCUGUAAUGUCUAUAUACAUUUUACCAAGGAAUUUCUCCCAUGCUUGGAUGUGGGUUGGCUGUUGUGAAAUUGGGGACAGACAGGUUUGUCAAUUUGUUCCAGUGGCUCUCAAUAGUAAGUCUCUUCACCACUACACAAGUCUAUGAAAGAGAAACUCUCUGCAAAACUACAGAGCAGGAACUGUUGAAACUAUCCAGGGGCAGUCUUUCUGUAAACGUACUCUGUGCUGAAAGCAUUAAAGCAAGUUUUAUUUGUACAUUU